AUGUUUCGCUUUUAUUUGGAUGUGUUUUUUCCCCGUUUUCUUCUAGUGCCAAAGCGUCCUUUUUUGAUUGUCUCUCGAAUAUUCUUUCUUUAUUUCUUUUUUCUGUCUUUUUUCUUUCUUUUUUCUUUCUUUCUUUCUUUCUUUCUUUCUUUCUUUCUUUCUUUUUUUCGUUUGUUUCUUGGUCGUGUUUCUUUCUUUCUUUCUUUCUUUCUUUCUAGGAUUUCUUUCUUUUUUCUUUCAUUCUCUCUUUCUUUUUUCUUACUUUCUUUCUCGUCUUUCUUUCUUUCUCGUCUUUCUUUCUUGUCUUUCUCGUCUUUAUUUCUUUCUCGUCUUUCUUUUUUUCUUUCUUUCUUGUCUUUCUUUCUUUCUCGUCUUUCUUUCUUUUUCCUUUCUUUCUUUCUUUAUCGCCUUUCUUUCUUGUUUUUCUUUCUUUCUCGUCUUUCUUUCUUUUUUCUUUCUUUCUUUCUUUCUCGUCUUUCUUUCUUUCUUUCUUUCUUUCUUUCUUUCUUUAUGUCGUUUCCUUUUUUUUUCUUUUCUUUCUUUCUUUCUUUCUUUCUUUUUAUUUCUUUCUUUUUAUUUCUUUCUUUCUUUCUUUCUUUCUUUGCAGGCGCAUAUUCAUCCCUUUCUAUUUUUUAUUCUGGAUUUCUUUCUUUCUUUUUUGGUUGUUUAUUCCUUAUUUGUGAUAGUAGUUUUUCUCAAUUUUUUUUUCACUUUCUAUCUAUCUAUCUAUCUAUCUAUCUAUCUAUCAUUCUUUUUCGUCCUUCUUUGUUUCUACCCUUCUUUUCUUCUUUGUAA